UUUGGACCUUUAAUCUACCUUUGGAUUUUCCAAGGAAAAAAAAAAAAAAUUGAAGGUUGACAAGAAAAAUUGGCUUUCUGUUUGGAAGACAGGAAAAGAAAAUGUCUUUCAGUGGAACCCAACAGAAAUGCAAGGCUUGCGAUAAGACUGUUCAUUUCAUUGACAUGUUAUCAGCUGAUGGUGUUACUUACCAUAAGACCUGCUUCAAAUGCAGUCACUGCAAUGGGCAACUAGUGAUGAGCAGCUAUUCCUCCAUGGAUGGAGUCCUAUACUGCAAGCCUCACUUUGAACAACUUUUCAAGGAGACUGGCAAUUUCCAUAAGAAAUUCCAGUCAUCUGGAAAGCCUAAUGAUCAGCUGAACAGGACGCCUAGCAAACUCUCCUCCAUGUUCUCUGGGACUCAAGACAAAUGUGCUGUCUGCAAUAAAACUGUGUAUCCACUGGAGAAGGUGACUGUGGAGGGGGAUUUUUACCAUAAAUCAUGCUUUAGGUGUAACCAUGGAGGAUGCUUUUUGACACCCUCAUCUUAUGCUGCUCUGGAUGGAAUUCUAUACUGCAAGCACCACUUUGCUCAAUUGUUCAAAGAAAAGGGAAGCUAUAACCAUCUCAUCAAGACUGCUUCAAUGAAGAAAAGUAUCGCGGCACAACCCGAACAGAAAACAGAGGCAGAAGCUGAACCCAAAACGGAUACAGAAGCAGCAGAACCAGAAGCAGAACAAGAUUCAUCACAAGACCAACCUUGAAACUUGUUGACACACACUCUCUCUCUCUCUCUCAUCAGAUGAUUUUGUGGUCUAUUUUUUUCCUUCAGGGAAAAAAUCAUUAGUUAUUUUUGGCUAUAUGGCUAUAGCAAUUUUGGUUGUGUUAUGUGUUUUUUCCCUGCUGAAUCCGGGUCAUAUGUUUCAUCAUCAUGAGGAAGUUUCUUCUUCUCUUUUUGCAACACCAUAGACAAAGAUCUAGCUUUCUUCUGCUGAGUCAUUUGUAUCAUUACAUCUGCGUGAGACCUCACCAAAAUAAACAAUCUCUGUAAUUUUUUUAUUUUUUUUUUGGAUGGCCAUAGAAAUGUAACAUAUAUAUUACCAUAUCGGAUUAAUUUGAAAAUUCACGCACUUUAAGUUGAAAUUUGAACUUUUA